AACUGUCAUUUUCCUACUUGCCCUCUGACAUCAGCUACCUUCUGUGUAGCUACAGUUUCUCUGCACUCAAAUUAAUCCCUGGCGAUGAAAAAUGAGCCUCUCCCCCACCCUUGCUGCUGCCUUUCACCUCACGCCCCCAGAGAAGAGCUGCUUCAUGAGGCAGCUGGUGAAGGUUUUUUUCCAAGUCACAUGAUCCAGGAUGCAGGGGAGAAUCCUUCUUGGAACCGAGAUGGGCCCAGAACCGAAUCAGAUGAGGAGAGAUAAGGUGUGAUGUGGGGAAGACUAUAUAAGAAUGGGCCCAGGACUGCGGCAAGCACUCAACCAAGUGGCCCCUUCUCAAGACACAGCCAUGCAGGAGCCAACAGGCUCCGUCACCAGCCACCUGGGAACCACUAGCCGCAGUUAUUUCUAUUUCACCACGGCCACGCUGGCGCUGUGUCUCGUCCUUGCUGUGGCAACCAUUAUGGUGUUGGUAGUUCAGAAGACGGACUACAUUCCCAACUCACCAGGAAAAUUCCCCCUUAAAGGAGGAAAUUGCUCAGAGGACAUCUCAUGUAUCCUGGAAAGGGCUCCGUUCAAGAAGUCAUGGGCCUACCUCCAAGUGUCAAAGCAUAUAAACAAAACCAAGUUGUCUUGGAACAAAGAUGGCAUCAUCCAUGGAGUCAGACAACAGGAUGGGAACCUGAUCAUCCAGUUCCCGGGUUGGUACUUCAUUAUUUGCCAACUGCAGUUUUAUGUGAAAUGCCCGGGACAUUCUGUCGACCUAAAGUUGGAACUUCUCAUCAACAAAGACGUCAAAAAGCAGACGCUGGUGACAGUGUGUGAGUCUGGAGUGCAAACUGAAAAGAUAUACCAAAAUCUCUCUCAGUUCCUGCUGCAGCACCUACAGGUCAACAGUACCAUAUCAGUCCAGGUGGAUAAAUUCCAGUAUGUGGAUACAAACACCUUUCCUCUUGAGAAUGUGUUGUCUGUCUUCUUAUACAGUAGUUCAGACUGAACCCUUUCUCCUGGCCUCUGUCAUAUAGCACUUCAUCCAUCCAAACACUUGAGCAAAAAGGAAACUCUAGAACAAGACUGAAACCACAAAGGGUAUUAAAUAGUACGCUUCUCCUUCUGUCUUUUGGGAAGAUACAGCUCCAGGGUUAAAAAGAGAGUUUCAGAUAGAGAGCAGGGAAGCAAUGCGGUGUGGUGGACAGAGCCCCACAAGGGAAUCAGAAGGGAUGGGUUUAUGCCCCAACCACUAACUCACAGAAUGACCUGGAGCUAUUCCUUUCCUAUCCUUGGAACUCAGGAUCCACGCCUGAAGAAUGAAAGGGCUGGAUCUGAAUCACUCUAGUCUCUUCCAUCUCCAAAGACCAUCCUCUCUCAUCACAAAUCUAUGAACUAAGAUUCCAGACAGUGUUCUGGAAGCCCCCAACUAAAGGGAAGGCCCUCACACCAGUAUAAAACCGAUGGCACUAGUAUCAUCUGGCUGCAUGUCACCUCCACAGAGUCAGAAGUUGGAGACAACAUUCAGAGCACCUUGACAAAUGGUGUGAACUGCAGGACCUAAAAUGUGUAAAAAAAACCAUAACUGCCAAUCUGACCAUUCCAAAUCGAAGAGGCUUUGUGGGUCCAUUUCACUGAAGGCAGACAAUAAUUCAACAACAGAUGGUUUCUGGUUUUCAGGAAAGUGCUAUGCAUUCAGUCAACUCUUAAAUUGAGCGGUGGUCAAAUGAUGGGAUGGUCCAAAUGAUGUGGUCAUUUGGUCAGGGCACAGCUGCUGCCAUCUCCCUCAUGAGUUCAUUCUGUCCCCUGCUUCAAACACCUCUCAGAAAACCAUUUCUGGGCAGGGUUUGUAAGGCCUCACAAAGUUGUCAAUAGACAGUGAUGACCCUGAAGACAGUGAAAAGGACUCCUGAGCAAAGCCAGAUUUCACUCACUACAUCAACUUUGACAGCUGUCCAUCAUCUUCGAAGGAGCAUCUGAUUGUUUGAAAAGGCCAUUGGACUAGAAGCGUAAGCCCCUGAGGUUAUGCUUCAGAAAGAAAAGGGACCUUUAACUCUAUGCAAAAGAGUGAAGUGAAAUUUGUUUUUUUCUCAGUAAUUGGGAGAGGAAAGAAAAGAUUAAGAAUUCAGAAAAGCUUGUCAGAGAAAGAUUUAAAAAGAUUUAAAGAAGAAAAAAAGCAGCAGUGGUGGUAUGGAUGAGAGGAACUUGGGAGCACAGAAAUGACUAAGAACAUUUUAAAUGAGUAGCUGAGCGGCAUACUCUGCGGACUCCUCCUCCAUCAAUGAAUUAUUCAGUAAAGUCUGCAUUUCUCUUAAACGCUUUCUGUGAGUAGACAAGGGGCAUUGGAAGAGGUGUUGAACUGAGCAAGCCAAGUGGUAUGUGGUAAAAACACAAGCAGGUUUUGAGGAUCCAAAGCUAGAAAACAAGGAGGCCUCUGCCAUUUGAGUUAUACCCUAACUCUACAGAGCAAAUGAAUCUUGCCUUAGACCAACUCAUGCAUUCUUGAAAAUGUAUCUACAACCCAAGCAUGUGUAAAUUAAGCACAUUUUUUUUUACCAUUUCACAUUCCAACUCAAGAACUACUCCAUUUGCACUUUUCACCAACCAUCCUCCAAGCAGAGGUACCUGAUUUGGACAUUGUGAGUGGUUCCCAAUCUCAGGCUCUACCAAGUCAACAGUUGAAGACACAGGGGGCACAGCAUUGAAAGGAAUCUUGAAGCAAGACAAAACAGUAAGAGAGUAAUCUCUAGUCAGUCACCUAAUAGUUACACAGGAAGUAGACGACCUAAUAAUUAUAUAGGGAGUGGACAACCUAGGAAGUUCGAAACUAAAGUUACUCCCUGAGAGUUAACCAGCUUCCGGACAUAUUGUGAGCAAAUGACACCAUCUUUGCCAGUAAAAUAAAUGAUUUUUGUAACUGGGAAGUCAGGCUACCUGAAACAUAUGCCUAUUUGGUAAAAACUCAACUGCACUUCUCUACCCCCCAACACACACACACACACACACACACACACACACACACACAGAGUAUACUUGCAGAACUUGUAGAAGAGCAUGAAUUGAUGAAAAGUAACAAGUCAAUAUAGACUAAAUAUAUUGCUGCCCUUGGGAAAAUUCAUACCACUGAUUCAUUCCCACACAAGGACAAAGCCCUUAGUUAAGAGGAUAGUCAGUCUGACAUCUCUGGAAAGAUCCUGAGAGAUCAGCUAACCCAACAUUUGAAUGGAAACCCAAUAAAAGGCAGGGACUUGGGAAGUCCUUACCCAUGAUUAGCAGCAGCGCUGGGUCUGAGCCCAGCCUCCUGACUCCAGUCUCCACUAUUUCCCACCAGGCUUUGUGGGUCCCCUUCUGCAGCCUAUCUGUAAUUCCUCAGGCCACAUCUUCCCAGCCCUGCACUGAAGUAUCCCUAGUACUCAGGGCUGUCCUCUGCUCUGUCUUGCCCUCACUGCAAUCACCCCAGGAUCACCAUUCUAACAUGAGACCCAUGUGAUCUGUAGAUUCAAUACACGGUCAAAUCUCAGGGAAAGGUCAGUGUCCCAUGAUAUAAAAGUCCUAUCUCUCAGAAACUGAAGAAAUAUGUAAGGCUGGUAUUUUUUCCAAUAAAAAAA